AUGGAGGUCAACACUGCUCCCCCCGUGUAUGACCAGGAUAAGAUUGCUCGCAAUGACAAUCAUCAAUUGGAAGAGGACGGACUGCCGAAGUCCGGUGAGGUCCACGAUGCUUUUGGUAACGAAGAGUACGCCGAAAUCAAGUAUAAAACCUUGAAGUGGUGGCAAUGCGGUCUACUCAUGAUCUGUGAAUCGGUCUCGCUGGGUGUAUUGUCCCUACCAUCGGCUAUCGCGACCCUAGGAUUCGUCCCAGGUAUCAUUCUCAUCCUGGGCUUUGGUUUGCUCGCAUUAUAUACCGGAUACAAUAUCGGCCUCUUCCGCGAACGGUACCCUCACAUUCAAAACCUCGGCGAUGCCGGCGAGAUUCUACUCGGAAGCUUCGGCCGUGAGCUCUUUGGCAUUGGACAGUUCCUAUUCUUUGUCUUCGUCAUGGCGAGUCACCUUCUGACUUUCCGUGUUAUGAUGAACUCCCUUACCGAACACGGCACCUGUUCCAUCGUUUUCAGUGUGGUCGGUCUGGUCCUCUCGAUGGCCCUCUCCAUCCCCCGUACUAUGAAGGGCAUGACAUGGAUCUCUCUCGCCUCAUUCAUCAGUAUUCUCAGCGCGGUCGUCAUCACCAUGGUCGCCGUGGGUGUUGAAAGCCACCCCGGUCGUGUCAUCCAGGCUACCGUCGAGUCGAACCUGUACACAGCUUUCCAGGCUGUGUCCAACAUUGUCUUUGCCUACUGUGCGCACGUCGCCUUCUUCGGUCUGAUUGCCGAGAUGGAGACUCCGAGUGACUUUAAAAAGUCGCUCUUCAUGCUUCAGACAUUCGAAAUCUCCCUCUAUCUGACCAGUGCCGUCGUCAUCUAUUACUAUGUCGGCACUGAUGUCCAAUCACCCGCCCUCACCUCCGCCGGCCCUCUUAUGAGCAAGAUCGCCUACGGAAUCGCCAUCCCCACCAUUGUCGGCGCGGGUGUCGUCAAUGGCCACAUUGGGUUAAAGUACAUCUACUUCCGCCUAUGCGCCAAGUCCGGCCUGAUGCACCAGCGCAACGCUCGCUCCAUUGGUCUGUGGAUCGGUCUCGGUCUUGUUUGCUGGGUCGUCGCUUGGAUUAUCUGCGAGGCCAUUCCUGUCUUCAGUGACCUGAACAGUAUGAUCAGUGCCCUUUUCGCUUCCUGGUUCAGUUACGGCCUUUCCGGUAUAUAUUGGCUCCAUCUGAACCGUGGCCAAUGGUUCGCAGGUCCUCGCAAGAUCUGCCUUUUCAUCAUCAACGUCGGCAUCGCCCUCUUGGGUUUGGCACUGUGUGUUCUUGGAAUGUAUGCAUCUGGCAUGGCUAUCCACAACGACAGCAACAGCAACAGUUUCACCUGUGCCAACACUGAUGGUUGA